GGUCGUACUCGUGGGCCUCGCCUACGUGCUGCUGUCGCAGCUGGCGAUGACGUCCGUGUCCGCGUGGGCAUUCACGUACGGGGUGGAGUCCAUGGGCCUGCCCGAGGAGGUGGCUGCCUGCAUCCCGGGCGCCUUCUACUCGGCGAACCUGCUGUCGCGGGGCGUCAUCCUCCGGGCGUCGGCCUUCAUCCCUUCGUCCGGGCUGCUGCACUACGGGGCCAUGGCGACGGUCCUGGCUUCCCUGCUGUUCUCCGCGCUCGCGGCGCGGACCGCCGCCACGCCCAGGGAGGCGGCGGAUUCCGAGUCGAGCUCGCCCAUGGUACUGUUGCUCCUGGCAUGCUUCGCGCUGCUCGGUGCGGGAUUUAGUCCGUGCUACUCGCACACCAUGGUCGCGAUGCACAAGCACGGGGAGCUCAGCUCCAAGGACCUCCUCCGUCCUCGGCUGGUACCAGACCUGUGCCAGCCUCGGCAUCACUGGCGGCAUGUGGCUGCCCGGAGUGGUGCCCCUGCCGAGCGUGGAGGUGGCGGGGUCCUUGCUGAUGCUGCUCCUCCUGGUUGCCAACAGCCGCGACUUCCCGCGACGCGCGGACCCCAAUGCGGUCGAGGGCAAGGCGGCCUUGGGCGCCGAGACGUGAGAGGGGGGCAGCACCAGCACGCCCGAGGAGAAGCGGGGGCCACCGCCACCGACGAGAGGACGAAACCGCUGAUCAAGGAGCGAGGAUUGGCGACGGGCCCUAUGUCCACACGAGAUCGGCGCGCCUCGUCGCCAAGGUGAAGCGGCACUGGCGCCAUGCUUCGGGGAGUGCUCUCCCCGUUCGAGGGGGUUCUUGGACGACCUCUCGCGUGCUGGGCGGGCCUGGCGGAGUUUGGGGGGGUCACGAGGGGUCCUCCUCCGCCAGGAGGUCGCGACCCCCAGCUCUGCCCGGGAGGCAUGGCCAGCGUCUUGCUCGUUUUUCGUGCCCGCUCCGUGCCGGGCACCGCUGCGAGGGUCAUCUCUGCCCACGCGGCGACAGGCCGGAUUUUCAACCCGCCCGAGCGUGCCGUGCGAGGGGCCAUGCCGCCGAUGUCGACCCUGGUUUCGCCUGGUCUGGCCCGGUUUGGCGGCGCAAGCCGCUUGAGACAUCUGCGCAAUUUGCCCGGUUUCGCCCCUGGUUCGGCCCGGCUUCGCC